AUGCACCCGAUUUUACUGCGGAGGAUUGACGAGCAGCAUUCCAGACGUCAUAAAAGAAAAAUCAUCAAUUUUGACAGAUUUGCGUCUUUAAAGUGGAGCCUUACAAUACCGUUCACAUACGACCCCAACAAUGAAACAGCUCACACUGACUCUCAGAAGGAGAUAAUCCGCGAGGCAAUGACCGUAUGGGAAGAGAACACGUGCCUCAGGUUUCUGGAGUUAACGAGCGACGAGGCAGCGGCCAUGACCAGCGAGUACAUCUUUAUAACGGCGCGGAGCUCUGGUUGCUAUUCCUACGUUGGGAGAACAAAAAUAGCUCAGGACCUUAAUCUACAUAGCGCGUGCUUCUCCAUGACUGCACUGGGUACCAUAGUUCACGAAAUGGGUCACGCCAUUGGACUAUUUCACGAGCACGUGCGCUCAGACAGAGACCUGUAUGUUACUGUAGACCUCGACAGCACUAAACAGGGAUUUGAAGGGAAUUUUAUCCAACCCGAUGCAGGAAUGACGACAAAUCAUGAAGUCCCUUACGACUACGGUUCUGUGAUGCACUAUAGGGCCGUCGCGUUCAGCGUGGACGGUACAACGCCCACCAUACUAACCAACGACCCCCUGUACCAAGGCACCAUAGGCCAAAGAUGGCAGCUGUCCUUCAACGACGCUCUCAUUGUUAACAAGGCGUAUUGCGCGGAUGGUCUUGCGCCGCCAUAUUGUACGGAGCCAGAACCACCUGAAAUGGACGUGUGUGGCGGUACGGUUAUUUUGACAGAGGAAAACCCGAGGACUCUGGAAGUGAAAUCACCGAACGAAUACCCAUCCUUCUACAAACCAUUCACAAGAUGUAACUGGCUGAUCGAGGCACCUCCAGGCUACCUUAUACAAUUCCAAUUUAUACCCAAAGAAUCUUUCGUUGGACAAUUCGGAAUGUACACCACGGAUCUGCCUUGUAGUUCCUCGAGUAAACAGUGCUUUGAUUUUGUGGAGAUUAAGUACGACGCCAACGACUUCGGAACAACUGGACCAAGAUUUUGCUGCAGUGGAGAGCCGACGGCAGUGGUGACAUCCGUCACAAACAGAGCCCUCGUGUUGUUCAGAUCGUAUCUGCAGUUUUUCAUAUUAAUCGGCUUCCAGAUGGACGUCAGUAUAGCUGUUGGUAACGUCAGACAUUAA